CCGGUCUCCUUUCGCCGAGCGAAGGCUCCACCUGCAGAGAUUCAGGCGUGCCAAAGCCACGCGCGUCUGCUCCCCCUCCCCGCCGGAGGAGGAGGAGGAAGAGGCAGGGAGAGAGGGAGGGAGACGCGCCUCAGUGGAAGGAGGCGAGGCGGGAGAGACCCAGCCUCUCCUUGGCUCUGGUUCCAGCUCGAAGCCCGCAGCCAUGGAGCACGACGCCUCCGGACUACACCGCCACCGUGGGGAGCCGCGGCCCCUUUCCCUCGCUGUCGUCCUCUUCUCCCGCUAAGAGGCUGAUCCGCGCUAUCUCACGCACCCCCUCCGUCUUUCCUCCUCCGUUUUUGGAUGGACGCCGCAAAGUAAAGCUGACGCGUCUCUCUCCCUGUUUGCUCGGCGCUUUGGAGCCAUGGAUGCCGCGCUGGGAAGCGAGCGGGUGGCGCCUCCUGCCCCGGCUUCGCUCCCUUGACUCGGCUUGGAAAUAUCUCAGGGAAAUAAGUUUCCAGAGGCGGUUCGGACGGAGUUGUGGAGCUCUGCGUUUCAGCCCGCCAGCAAUGGCAAAUAAUUGCCAUAUAUUUUCUUGAGUGCCAGCAAGUGGAGUUUAACUUCCUGGGAUUGGCAGUAGAGUAUCACCAAUGUCGCUCUUCUAAUUUGGAACUAGCUUUUCUUCUGUUUUCAUCAAUGCAAGUAUCUGGAUCAAGAAGAAUCAUGAUUGAAAGAAUCUGUGGAUGGCUACCAGUUUUCCUCUUGGCGCUGCUUUAUCAAGUCUUCAAGUGACACCCAUCUCUUGGUGCCAUAGCACAUGGAUUUCAGAACUGCAUGUGAAGAGACAAAGACAGGGAUUUGUUUGCUGCAGGAUGGUAACCAGGAGCCUUUCAAAGUGCGGCUGCACUUAGCCAAAGAUAUUUUGACAAUUCAAGAACAAGACGUGAUCUGUGUAUCUGGAGAACCUUUUUAUUCUGGUGAAAGAACUGUAACUAUUAGAAGACAGACGGUAGGAGGAUUUGGAUUAAGCAUAAAGGGAGGAGCUGAACAUAAUAUUCCAGUGGUGGUUUCCAAAAUUUCCAAAGAGCAACGAGCGGAACUCUCAGGCUUGCUGUUCAUAGGAGAUGCAAUUCUGCAGAUUAAUGGAAUCAAUGUAAGAAAAUGCAGGCAUGAAGAAGUGGUCCAAGUUCUUCGGAAUGCUGGAGAAGAGGUGACCUUAACUGUGUCCUUUCUCAAAAGAGCGCCUGCAUUUCUCAAACUGCCCCUCAAUGAGGAUUGUGCAUGCAUUCCUAGUGAUCAAAGUAGUGGCACAUCAUCACCUCUAUGUGACAGUGGUUUACAUCUAAACUACCAUCCCAAUAAUACGGACACACUUUCAUGUUCUUCGUGGCCUACAUCUCCAGGGCUCAGGUGGGAGAAAAGAUGGUGUGAUCUACGAUUAAUCCCACUUCUUCACUCCCGGUUCUCUCAGUAUCUCCCAGGAUCAGAUAUGUGUAGGCAAAACGCGUUCCAGGUAAUUGCUGUGGAUGGCAUUUGUAGUGGAAUAAUUCAGUGUCUCUCUGGUGAAGACUGUAUCGACUGGCUACAAGCAAUAGCAACGAAUAUUUCCAACCUCACAAAGCACAAUAUUAAAAAAAUCAAUAGGAAUUUUCCUGUAAACCAGCAGAUAGUCUACAUGGGCUGGACAGAAGAACGGGAACAAGAUUCUCUUCAGGACCGAAUGUAUACACCAAAGUUCCUAGCACUGAGAGGUUCUUCACUUUAUAAAUUUAUAGCACCUCCAGUUACUACGUGGGACUGGACACGAGCAGAAAGAACAUUUUCUGUAUAUGAGAUCAUGUACAAAAUACUCAAGGACAGUGACCUCUUGGAUCGGCGAAAACAUGGUUUUGGCGUCCAGUCGGAAAUGGGAGAGGAUCUCUACUUUUCUGUGGAAUUAGAAAGUGACCUCAUACUAUGGGAAAAGGCCUUCCAUUCAGCAACUUUUUUGGAAGUGGAACGAAUACAGUGCAAGACAUAUGCCUGUGUUCUGGAGAGCCAUCUUAUGGGGCUUACCAUAGAUUUUGGCAUGGGCUUUGUAUGCUUUGAUGCUGCAACAAAGGCUGUACUAUGGCGGUACAAAUUUUCCCAGCUUAAGGGGUCUUCAGAUGAUGGCAAGAGCAAGAUCAAAUUUUUGUUCCAGAAUCCAGAUACUAAGCAGAUUGAAGCAAAGGAGUUGGAAUUUUCCAACCUAUUUGCCGUGCUGCAUUGUAUCCACUCAUUUUUUGCUGCCAAAGUCGCAUGUUUGGACCCACAGUAUGUCGGCAGUCAAGCAGCAGCUUCCACAAGUGUUUCUGCUGCCAGUACUGCUGCUGCUGCUGCUGCUGCUGGUACCUCUACCCUUGCUACAUCGUCUGGCAGUAGCAAAUUAAAGUAUACGACUUGAUAUCUCCCGUUUCUGCACUUGCCACUUUUCUUGGAGUACAGAUCACUAGGCCAAAAUACUUACCAGAUUGGUUCGUCAGAGAAGAGCAAAAGAACCAACAGAAGAAACGUGGCAGUUUUCAGAAGAGUGUGUCACAAGAGAUCAUGAAUUAAAUCUCAGUUUGGCAAGGCAUCAGUAUACAAUUGAGGCAGAAAUGGAUGACUAUGCUUUGGCAUAAUUAGUUUGUGCUUUAAGUAAUAGUGGAAGCAAAAGAAACAAAAAUGAACUGACCCAAUGCUACAGUGAGGUAUUUAAUACACUUUUCAGGUGUCCAUAAUAAGAGAACUGUUCUUUUCUUGUUUCCAGAAUUUUUUAAUGACAACUUAUGGUGCUCUGGAUUUGGAGUAAUGCCCUCUUGUUAAACAACCAAUGACAUAAGGACAACCAAGAGGCUUACACCAUGGAGCAACAAGGAACUGACAAUGGAAAGAAGCUACUGUAUCUCCUUAGAAAGAAAGCACCUUAAAUACUGUUGCAAAUCCAUAUUUGUGCCCUUUUGACAUAGAGUCAUGCUUAUUUUUAAUUUUGCUCUCUCACAUUUGUUGUAGUGAUCAAGGUAUAGCCAUAUUAGGCCAACAGCAUUUGGAAAAAAGGAAUAUAAGCAUAAUGAAGCCAUUUGCUAGCUAAGCCUAUAAUAUUAAGCUGGUUAGACUUUGUUCUCACAAAGUCCAGAUGAUCCUGUGCUAUUUCACAGUGUUGGUGGAGGUCCUUGCUCCUCCAACAACAUAAAAACAAAACUCUCUACAGAUAGAAUGGUUAUAGGCUGAAUCUUUCUGCGGUAAUGUUUCUGAUAGGAAACGUUUCAUCAUGUUGCACCCUCAUGUGCUGUUGAAGGGGGUAAGACCUUGAAAAGGGCUUGCUCUGUUCCCCCUUUUUGUGAAAACUAGGCCUUUAAUCUGGGUGAGUUCCGCUGAUCUUAUAAAACUACACAGAGGUGGUAAAUUGGGGAUCAUGGCCUUUAACCUGAAUGAAAACUUUCAUAGAAACGGAUUACAUUUUUAAUCAUGAAUUAAUUAUAAAACAAUGUUGCACUUAUUUAAGUGACAGGGAGGAUUUUGUGCUGUCACUCCACUGAUAGAACUGUACCUCCCCAGUGGAACUGAGAGAUAAAUCAUUCUCCCUUGAUGCCUUUAAAACCUACAUAGAUAUUUGGGAAACCCUUCAGAAAAAGUUUUUGAUCCUUUCAGAGGAAUGCAGGGAGACUAGAAGAAAUUCUUAUGCAAGUGGGCAUCUACUAGAGUGGUAUCCGAUUUCAGUUUAUUAUUUUAUUAUUCAGGGCUGUUUUUUCCUUUUUAAAAUGACCUUUUCACUACCAGCCUUUAUCCCCAUCUCAAAUUCCAAGUCUGUUGUUUUUUUACUGGCACAAUAAAGGUUCCAUGAGCCUACAUUCAUAAAUCUGCUUUUCAUUUUACCAAUUGAUAAUCAAUGAAACAGACUCAUUUACAUGUUUGCAUUUCAUUUAAAAGCUUUGCAACAUAAUCAUUGUAAAGCAAAUUUUUGUCUGGUUAAAAACUUUCUUGCCAGUGCUGCGUUUCUUAAAAUUAGCCCAUUCCUUUUUCUCAGCAUAUUAGGUAUUUCACAGAUGGAUUCAGUUCUUCUUUGAGUAUUUGGGAAACCAAGUAAUGCAGGAUUUCCCAAAGUACAGAGAAGAAUCCUCUAUGCAUACAGUUUUCUUCAGACAAGAUAUUGCCUGAAGUUGUCAUGCAACCCUUCCCAUAUGCUAUGAUCCUGUUAUGAAAUGCCUAAAAAGAAAAAUAUUUAAUUUUUUUGAAAAAAAAACCUUCCAUUUUAUGGUGAAUGUAGAUGAAACUGUGUUGACUUAUUACAUAUCUAUAUCUCAGUGGUUAUAACACUGACCAGAUUCUUGAGAGCCAUUUUGAAAUAUAUUUCUUUUAUUAAAUAAACAUAGUUUUUCACUGGAAAAAUCCAGUGCACAGGUAAGUGUGCAUAAACCAAAUUGAAAUCAAUGCAACUUAGUGUGCCCUUCAAUACAGAUGUAUACAAGAAGAUUUAAGAUCAUAUCUGUCAUGAUACAAUGAGGUUUCUUUUUAAAACUAACUUAAACUUGGUUUAUUUAUUUGUCUUCUCUGCUGAAAUAUUAUAAUAGAAAAAACAUUUGAAAUCCUAAUGUCUUUAUGUAAUUCUCUGAAGAAAUAAGCAGAAUCUCUCAAGAUUGAUGUACCUAUCAGCACAGAUAUGAAAAUGCAAUUAAUAUUUUUUUCUAUAUCUGAAAUGGUAUGAGUCAAUGCUAUCUUGGAUAGAAGCCUGCUAGUCAGAAAUUGUAUCUGCUGUUUUCUAGCAAUGCACAUGGAUUACAUUACAAAGUUGGCAACAUGUGGCUUUUAACCAUGGAUGAAAUUUAUUUACUAGUCAUACAUUUAUGUUUAGCUAUGAGGAAAAUAUUUGAGAUGAGACUGAGGGAAUUAAAAACAAAGUUUCCAAUGAAAGACAAUGAAUACACCAACUUUUUAUGUCAUAAUAUUCAAAAAUAAUUUCACUAGCUGCAAAUGGGACUAUAUUUGAAAUUUCAUUGGGAUUUACUAAUCAGGAUGGGAUUUAUAAAAUACUAUAUAAUGAUUCUCUUUUUAAAAAACCCGGUUAGUUCCCAAGUCAAGUCUCACUUGCUUCAAAAAACUCUUUGCUUGCACUGUGGGAAACAUAUUGUUUAAAUAUAAUCAGACAAGUCCUUUUUGUGUAUCACCUAGCAUCUUUUGGGCAAGCUCCUCUAUAGCAUAGUAUAACAAUUAUCAAUGUAACCUAAACUCAUUGUUAGGCUGCUGUAGCCCAACCCAUUCUUCAUCCCAGUUCUGCAGCUAGUGAAAUGGAUGGUCCAAGAAGACUUUCCUAUGUUCUCAUAGCCAGUAAUAAAUGAAUAUAUUGGUACCUGAAAUCAUUCUGCAGUUAGGUAGAGCAACAUAUUGAGAUGCUUCUUCCCCUGCUGUCCACCAGCCAUUGAAGGGAACCAUGGGAACCAUGGUGGUAGCUUUGCAGCAACUAAAUGGUGAGCUAAAUGGAGAAUGGUCAUUGUAGACAGUGGAUACCAACACCCAUGACACCAAAGAGACACAAAAUAGAUUAAAGUCUCUGUGUGUCUCUCUAAAAGCCUUUAGCCCCAUCUACACUGACCAUUUAAUGCAGUUUCAAAUUGGUAUUGAAGAAAGAGGUUUCACUGGAAAUUAUUACAUUGGAAAUCCUGGAACCAGUUUGAGACCCCGCUGGUGAUUACACAAACCACAGAGCAAUGAUGGACAUUAAAGCCUUUCUUCUACAUGCUUUUCUGAGAGUUUGUUGUCUGGCCUCUGCAGUUUGAAGCUAGCUAGCUUCGAGCUGCAUUAAGUGGACACUGUAUAUGAGGCCUAAGUUUGGGAAAAAAGGAAAACCAUACAUUUAAUGCAAUAUGAGUGAUUACUUGCAUGCUCUUGAACUAGUUUGGAUCACACAUUUACACUUUCAGAAGAAGCUGAAAUAUUAUUUGUAUCGGUGAAUCAAGCAUUAAUUGUAUGCAAAAAUGUCCACACUCACAUAUUAUGUUAUUUUUAUGCAAGAUGAGUAGGUUCUGGAGCUUGGCCUUCCACUUCCCAAAUGGUGAAAGUAGUAUUCCACAAAGUACCUUUUCCGUGCUCUGGUCAGUCCCUUAGUCUCACUACAAUAAUGAAACUCUAUUUGUAUUCUGCUCUAUCUCCCCAAGUUUAUUACCACAGGCCAAAAUGUCUAAACUAGUUACCUUGGACUUUUAAGGAAAGACAGUAUGCUCUUUUACAACUAAAAUAAUAGGUAUGGAAUUCUUGAAGGUUUGUUUGGAUCUUACAAUUUACAUAUAAAAAUUGAGAAUUCAAUUAAUAGCCUCUGAAAAAAUAAAAUUUUGAGUAUUCUUUUCAUGCAUCAUCACCCCACUCAAAAGACCAUUUUCCUUGCCAUAUAUACUGUAUUUACUCAAAUCUAACACUCAUCUUUUUGGCUAACUCACCUUGCCAAAAUUAGGGUGUGCAUUAGAUUCGCAUAAUACAAAUCUUAGUCCUGAACCAAAGCAAUAGGGAAAGCUGCUUCAAGAGCACCUUGAGCUCCUAUUUGAGUGAUGUCAUCUGUAAUUUAAUUGUCAUACAUCAAUGCUAUGCCAUGCUGGGGUUUGUAAUUUGGUGAGGCAUGUACACUCUUUGGCAGAGCAGGCUCAAGGCCUUGCAAAACUACAGCCCCCAUGACCCUAUAGCAUUGAACCAAGGCAGUUAAAGUUAAGUCAUUCUAUAGCAUAGAUGCACUCCCAGGUUUUCCAUUGCUGGAAGCUUUGGUGCUCUAACACUUUCGGUAUCAAAAAGAAAUCUUAAGCAAGCAGCAACUGUAAUGGCCAUAUUACAAAGAGUGCACCUUUUGCUGUUGCACAUUACAUUCAUCAGCAAAUACUUUUUUUGGUUUUAGAGUUUUGAAAAUUGAGAUACACAUUAGUUUCUAAGGCUCAUUAGACUCGAGUAAAUACGGGUAUGUACUGUAUAUGUGUGUGUGUGAGUGUAAAUAUCUGUGAUGUCAUUAUACACACACACACACACACACACACACAUAUAUGACAUCACACUAUCAUACUAGUUGUAAUUAUGUGAAAUACAAAAGCAAGAUUCUAGCAAAUCUUAGCUUACUAGAAAUACUACACGAUCUAUUUGCUCCCAGCUGGCUGCUCCCACAAGAAUGAGCAGCUAUAUAAACCAGAAACAUUUUAUGUCAAAAGAAGCCAGAUUUUUAUUCGGCCAAGAACAAACUAUGGUUUGUAGCCAUGGCUUAUCAUUCCAUACUAACACAAUGAAUAAAACGAGUUCCAUAUAUCCACUGUGUGGUGUUUACGAUUACAAACUGUAAAAUAUCUCAAAACAUGAUACCAGAUUAAGUUUUCACUAUAUUUACAUAUUUGAAUUUUGACAGUAAAGAAUUAGGAUACUAAGACUUAUUUCAUAUAUCCUAAAACACUCUACUGGAAGCCUGAAACAAAAGAGCUCCAAACUGAGCCAAAGGAGAUCUAAACUGUUGUCAUUAGAAUCAAGAGUUGGAAGCAAUGACUUCAGUAGGACAAGUAUCAAGCCAAAUACGGCUCUGACCAUGAUUGCUUUGCUUCUCGGCCUUUUAAGAAAAAUUAAGUCAGUGGUUCAUUUUGUAGCUGAUGAGAGGAUUAACACUCAUUAAUGGGAAUUACUAUGAUUGUGCCUUGAAAAUAUCAGUUUUCACAUGCUACAUAAUUAAAAUAAUCCCCAUGCUACUAAUUUCUUAUAGUAGCAUCCACUAGAACAGGGUAGGUCUUAUUUCCUUUAAGUUCUAAAGAACUACUUGUGCAGCAGGAAACAUUUUUUUUCAGAUUAUCAUAUAAAAGGCUGCAAAUAAAUGUAGAUUACAAAUGAAUCUGAUCCAUAAUUGGGAAAUGACUCAUUUAGCCCCCCCCCCCCCCCACACACACACACAAAAUGGCUAAUAUAGUCUGGCACUGAUAAAAAAAAGCCUUGCCUAUAUCUGUUCAUGGGAAGCUUGCUGGGAUUUUUUAAAGAAUAUCAUUCUUUUUCAUCUUCUUUGUCUUCAUUCUUAUUAUUUCAAUAGGCCAUGUUUUGUUUAGAAAUCACUAUCAAAAUGAGUUUACUGUUAUAGUCAAGGUGUUCAGCUGACACAAUUCAGUACAGUACAAAACACAUUUCCAAAAGGCUUUAUUAACAUUCACAAAUAGAUUUUUUUUAAAAAAAAUAAUAAAUGGCAAAAUUAUAUAUGUGCUAGCUCAAAUGAGUCAGACCAUAAGUUCAACUUCCAAUGCUAUUGUCUAUGUUUUGGCUAUCUCUCCAUGACCUUUUGCUCUCACUCUUCCUAAUGAGAGAUUAUGGGCAUUCAACCUCAAAUCUUCUGUGUGGAAAGCAAAUGCUUUGCUAAUGCCGUGGUACCACCCAGUUGAAGUGACUUAAAGACAUUAAUUGUAUGCAAACAAUUAUUUAUCUGUUGAAAAAUUUGAUACAAACAGGUUUAAACUGCCACAAGUUUAAAGGCCGUUUAUAUAUAACACCAAGUGUACUAUAUGAUUUGAUGCUUUUAUAUAAGGCUUACUAAUUGUAUGAUCAUCAAACACAUAAACAUGUUUUUAAUUCAGCUAGGGAUGGGAACUUCCCCUCUUGAACCAUUAAGAACCAACAGGGUUUGCAGUUAUGUCAUAGCUUGUGUAGUUUUACAAGCAAGGCAAAGAAGUGAAGAGGAUAUCGAACUUCAUUAAUCCGGCAGGUAGUGCAGAAGGGAUGGGGCUUAGUCUUCAGUAUAAUGCUAUGGUGGAAAUCAUGAAGUCUUCUGGAUAAUGUUGUACUGUAACUUAUCACAUUCUUUUCCAUUUGCUAUGUUAGUGAGGGUUUUCUAGGACUUCUAAUCUUAACACCUGGAGGGAAAUAUAGUCCCCAUCAUUUGUAUAAUGUUCAGUCCAAACUACUGAAUGUAUGGCACUUUCAAAAGUGUUCACUUACCAACAUCCCAUUGAGCUAUUUAAACAGUGAAUUACCACUCCCAGAAGUUUUCAGGAGAGGCAGUGGACUUUUUUCCUAUCAGAUCACAAAGGGAGGAACAGUAGAGUUGGCCAAAGCGUCCUUGGGAAGCCAGAUGCAUCGUCAAGAGCAGAUCUUGCCCAUCCCUGGUGUUCAAUUGUUGUUUUAAAUCUUCCAUCUUUCUGUUACCUUUGCCUAAGCACAUUGACACCACUGGAAGAACCCAACAGGAUUACAUUUUCUGAUGAUGAUUUGAGUAAGCAGCAAAUCUUUGACACUGUUCUUUGUCCCAUAGUGAUCAUGGGAUAUUGGGAGUGAAAAAGUGCAUUGUUAAUUAAAUGCUUUUUUUUUUCAUUUCCGCUUAGGUCACCAGGGCUUUCAUGGCUGUGGUACCAUAGGUUAAAAAUUUCUUUGAAAACUGUCUUUAAAGACCAUUUAAACAAAACACAUAAUUGAGACGGUCACAAAAACCAGGCUCUGCUACGUGUCAGAAGACCCAUACAGAAGCUGAGUAAGAAUCAAAACCCCAUUCUUUGAAAACUGGGAAAGUAGGCUUUAGAAAAUGGCAGUAUAUUUGAACACAUGUUUAAUUCUAGGCAGGCAUUCCAAAGGGUUCCUUCAGUAUGGAUAAUCCCGACAAAUCGGGUCAAAUUUUAUUUGCAUCAAACCAAUAGCCACCACAUUUUUAAGAAGUACAGUUGGAUAAUUCUGUGCAUGGGGUUAAAGGCAUCCGCAUACAUAAAGGCAUGCCAGAGAAAUGGCAUGUUAGACGCAGAGAAAAUGAUUUCAACUGAAAAUAGAUUUUGUUAGCCUUUUUGUUACUGCUGAUGCUGUUUUGUUCUUGAAAGUGGGGAAGGUGUAUGCUUAUAUUAGUUGGAUCCCAGAAAUAUGCAUCUUGGAAAUAUGUGUCUGACAGGUACAAGAGUGCUGAUAUGUAUACAGAGAGCUCAUGUCUGUCAGAACGGUGCAUCAUUCAUGUGGACAAAGCACAUCUCUGAGCAUGUGUUUGCAGUUAAUGUAUGUGUGCCAGAGAGAGAGACAGAAGAGAGAGAGAGAGAGAGAGAGAGAGAGAGAGAGAGAGAGAGAGAGAUCAUGUGUGUGUUUCUUUUCCCUUUCAAUAGAAAUGGAAUCCCAAAACACUUGGUAGUCUUCAUUCAAACAACCACAUUGAAAUAUUGGGACCAUUAAAACCUGUGCAGUAACUCCUACUGAAUACAAAUGCAUAGAACGGAGCACAGCUUUUCAACAAGAAUGUGUACCUAAAUAAGUUUAUGUCCUAGGACCUUGGCUGUCAUUUUAAGGAAAAAAUAUUUCAAGUUUGAAGCCCCCUCAUAAUGUUUAAGUCUUAAUAUGUACCAAUAGCUUUCUUCAGAUGAUAGUAAGAAGACCACAGAUACUAUUAAACAAAAUGAAGAUCAAACUGAUUUCUAUAUUUUACUGUAUAUUUUACACUUGAUUUAUGAUAUAAAUAUAUCUAAGUAAAAUAUGUAUAUAUUGGUUGGACAAAAAUACUAUUUUUUCAGCAAAUAUACUAUCUUGACAGAGUAAUAAAAUCAUCUCAGCUAUGUUUCCCCUUACCUGAAAAUUGUCAGAUUUUGGUGUAUUCUCAUUGCUUUAUACAUUGGUAACAUCUCUUGAGUUUUAAUUUGUAGUUGGGGAAAAUGGCAGAGCAAAUGUAUUAUAAGUAUUAUAUAUUUUAUAAAUACUGAAGUUUAAAAGACCAGAUCAAAAAUCUGAAUAUUUAUUUCAUUUUUAAUUAUGUUUGUGGCUGUUUGUAGUGUUUUGUGACUCACCCAAGCCAUCUAGCUAUUUAAGGUCAUUAAUGUACCACUAAUAAAACCCUUCUGUUCCAUUUUGUUUCCUUGAUUUGUAAUCAUACCUACAUGAAAAUAGAAAAUAAAAUACUUUUUUAGCUAUUA